CUUUGUGCACAGGGCUUCUAAAAAUUCUCAGUCCCACUUCUUAUUCGUCCAAACCGUUUUCUCUUCCUUUUCUUUUUUAUUUAGACCCAAAAGUUAGUUAGGUGCUUCGUGCUUGAUUGGAUUCACGCAGGAUGGUUGGGACCGUCACCUACUGUCGUAUCCUAUAGUCGCACACAGACACCACUCAUGCGCCGUGUGCGUUGACGUUCCAACAGCGGCGCUGCUGUCGAUUUCCUUACGCGUUCCUUCUCUUCUUCUUCUUUUUUUUCUGUUUGGGAUUUUCCUAUUCUUUUUCUUCGCGCGAGAAAUUCUCCGACCGAAAGACGAGGUGUACGUUCAGUCGGUCGCCGGCCGCGGCCUUGCCCACAUCUACUUCCUUCGACAUCCGACAACGUCGUUUUUUUUUCUUACUCCGCCCGCCCGUCCGUCAAACAAACAAACAAAAAGAAGGAAAAAAAGGCCGUUGGUUUUCUCUUUUUUUUUUGUUUUUUGUCUCAUCCCCCUUUUCUAUUUUUCUUUCUUGUAAACGAGAGAGAAGAAAAAAGAACGAAGGACGAACAACCUUCGAACGCCGUGCACUGAAAGUGUGGAAUUUAAUUUCAGAAAUUUCUGUGUUCAAAAGUUUCUUCAUUUCGGGGAGGGACAAUCUCGCAAAAAUAUUCAGCCAAUUCAGUUUGAAUUCAUUUUGAAUCGAAAUUGAAAACGGGAGGAAAGAGAAGAUUCAGCGAUCAAAAUUUGCAUUGAAUUGUGUGACAUAAGUGGUGUGAGGGGAAAAUCCGGUGACUGGUGGAAAGGAUAAGAUUUGUUCAAGCAGUUUUCCUCCCAUCGUCGCCCCCACUUCGCCGUUCUCUUUCGGCCAUUGGAAUUUUGCUUUUUUGCCCACCACCUCCUUUUUGGCUCUUUUUCUUUGGCGCGGAUGGGGUCAUACGCUUUUGUCACCGGAGUCGGAGUCGUUGGAAUUGUUUUCAGGGAGAAGGAAACCUAUUUUCCUGGCCGUCCCUUGAUUCUUCUUCAUUACCGCUGGCGGCCGAAAUAAAAUCCGUAAAUAUUUCUCCAACAAAUCAUCGCAAUCCCCUUUUUGGGCAUCGAGAUCAAACGGACGAUAUACUGGAAGGAGAAGGAGAACAAGGACAAAAGUUUUGUUGGUGUAUGUUUCGGAUCGAACGCAAAGUGCGGAGGAAAAGUGUGACACGGUAGGAUCUUGUUUAAAGAUCCACCCGUUGUUGUUGGGUGGGUGUUGGACGACGACGACUGCGGAUCGUCGCCAGUCGUCUGCACUUGGUGUGUGCGCUAGUGCCACUUCAGCCGCUACCGGACUGGACUGGACUCGCAACUUGAGCGGAGACAGUCGUCGAUAUCGUCGUCAUCGGGAGGAAGUGUAGAAGAAGAAGAGAAGGAGGAGGAGCAGAAGGUGUUGGUGGUGGUGGUGCAUCAGUAUAUAACAACUGCGACUAGGACGACGACGACGACUACUACUCCAACUUCGGAUUGCCGGCGGAGUAGUGCGCCAAAAAGGCCAACUUGGUUCAAUCUUCGCGUUCAGCUGCUGAAGAGCUGGCUGGUUGGCUUUAGCUAAGCUAGUUGCUCUCUCUCUCUCUCUCUUUCUUUCUCCCUGCUUAUUCUUUUCUGCUGUUUCGGCAUUUGAAAACGAGACAACCGAGAGGAAACACAGCGACUCCAGCUCGCCCUCAGAUUUGCUCCUGCUGCUCUGCUUCUGCUGGAAAUAGAACGGCGACUGGGGGCCCGCCGGAGUGUAAAUUUAACUCUCUCGCCCAGCCACACACAGCCCCCAUACCACCACUCUUUCUCCCUUUCGGAACGUAACCCACACUUGCCCCACCCACUAUCCCGCCCUUCCCUUUCCAACGAAAACACACACAGAACUCCGACAGGAGAAGAAGAAGGAAGAAACCUAAAAAAAAGGACUGAGGGAGUGAAGGACAAUUUUUAUCAAAUUCAAGAGAGAAGAGAAAAAACGGAAUAGAAGCCUCUUCUCUUCUUCUUGCGCUCUCUGGCCAACUGCAAGCAACAACCCCCCAUAGUUUUUGCAUCGUUUCUCUCUCCUUCUCGGAGCGUUCGCCGAAGAAAACGAGGGAAAGUGAAGCUCCGUUACUCUCAUCCACGUUCAGGGGUGGUGGUGCCAAUAGGCCAAAAUGCAGCCGAACGUGACGACGGGUGUGGCCAGUGGCAGUGGAGUGAGCGGAAUCGGCGGAAGCAUGAGCAGCAGUCCGCAGAAACCGGUCCAAGGUGGCCGGUUCGAUUUCGAUGACGGAGGAAUGUACUGCGGCGGUUGGGAGGACGGAAAAGCACACGGACAUGGCGUCUGCACCGGUCUCAAAGGCCAGGGAGAAUAUUCCGGUUCCUGGAACUACGGUUUUGAAGUUUCCGGUGUUUACACCUGGCCAGGAGGGAGCACAUACGAGGGGCACUGGCAGAAUGGAAAACGGCACGGUCUGGGCGUCGAGUCGCGCGGCCGCUGGAUUUACCGUGGCGAGUGGACGCAAGGAUUCAAAGGCCGUUACGGUGUCCGCCAAUCGCUGACUUCGACGGCCAAGUACGAUGGCACUUGGGCCAACGGAUUGCAGGACGGCUACGGCUCCGAGACUUACGCCGACGGAGGCACUUAUCAGGGUCAAUGGCUACGUGGACUACGUCACGGCUACGGAGUGCGGACGAGUGCGCCGUUCGGCAUGGCCUCCCGAUUCCGGCCGAAGAGCGUUCGCUCGUCCAUGACGUCUCUGCGGAGCGCCGACGUUGUGUCCGGCCAUCAUCACCACCACGGACACCAUCACGGCGCCGCCGCUUCGUCAUCCGCUGCUGGCGGCGGAGCCGGUGCCGAUCCGGCGGCCGACCGCGACAAGCGGCUCGAUGACGGACGAGGGGGUUUCGUCUUAAAGGCGCGAAGUGACGAACCGCCAGCCAGGCGGCGCUCCUUCUCCGAACGAUCCUCCACCAUCAAAAAGACUUUGUUCCAGGGUCUCCGCUUGAAGAAGCAGCACAGUACGGGCGAGCUGGAGAAAAGAGGAACUUCGGCGUCGAUCCGCUCGACGGGCAGCUCGGCUUCUUGGAUGUCCACCGAGUCGUCGCAGUCGGGCAUGACGGCCGGCUCUCAUCAUACCGACUCUAACGCCUCUUUCAUCGCCGAGGACGAGCCGCUGGAUGCCAGCGUGACGGAGACGUACAUGGGCGAGUGGAAGAAUGACAAAAGGGCCGGAUUUGGCAUCAGCGAACGAUCCGACGGACUCAAGUACGAGGGCGAGUGGUUCAACAACAAGAAAUACGGCUACGGCGUCACUACACUCAAGGACGGAACGAAGGAGGAGGGCAAGUACAAGAACAACGUGCUCAUCACGUCGCAGAAGAAGAAACACCUGUUCUUAAUCCGGUCGGCCAAGUUCCGCGAAAGGAUCGAAGCGGCCGUCAGUGCGGCCCAGCGGGCCUCCAAGAUCGCUCUCCAGAAAGCCGAUAUCGCCAUCUCGCGGACGUCAACGGCGCGUGGCAAAGCCGAGCUGGCCGACGUGGCCGCCGUCCACGCCCGUGAAGACGCCGAUUUCGCUGUCAUCAUUGCCAAACAACUGGCGCCCGACUUCCAACCAAGUGCGGAGACGAUGCGGCCACCGUUGGCGGCCUUAUCGCGCCUGGCUCCACAUCAGAUCUCCACUUCCGCUGCUGCCGGUCCGACUGGACCUUCUUCGUUACAGCCGAAAGCUGGCCAGAAUUACUUGACGCCCAACAACGUCCAACACGGCGAUGGUUACGGAUACCUUGGCGACGGUGGAGCCGCCAUUGGGCCGGCUCACGGCGCCCAGCAGUCGGCCGCCAGCUCCCGAAUCGAAGAUUACAGUGGUUCGAGUUUGAUGCCACCCAUGGGCGGAGAAGGUGGCGCCGGAAUGUCCGAAUUGACUCGUCGACCCAGCGUAGCUAUCGGCGGCGUCCGUAGUCCUAGUAAUUACCAACCCAAAUUGGACCCAGAUCAGCUGGCAAAAUGGACGGCUCCGUCUAUCGGAGCCAUGGACAGCUACGCCACGUCCAACAGCAGUCGCUCCCCAGCUGGUGUAAUCCCAAGCGGAUUCGGCGGCCCGAGCAGUUACAACAACAACAUUAACAAUAACAACAUCAACAGUCUCCUGGCCCGGAAGAAUAGUACCACCCAGGAUCAGUAUGGCCUCAGACCCAAUUUGUCUGUCCAAUCGCAACAACAGCAUCCGCAACAACAACAACAACAACAGCAGCAGCAACAACAGCCACAGUACAGCAGUUCCAAUUACAAUCAGGCCAGCAACUACGACGGUGGCAUGUACUCGAGCAGCGGCGACGAGAUGAGAGGAGAAACAGGUUUAGUGGGGCACGGGCAGCUUGAGCGCGGGCGCUCUUCUCUGCGACGAGGACCAGCCCUGUCCGGCAGCAGUUUCGUCGGCGGCGGAUACGUCCAGGAGUCUAACAAUCCGUCGUACAACUUCCAGCAAGCCAUGAACGACCACUUUGAUCACUACAAACGGCCACCCAGCCGUGACCGCAGCCGCGAUCCGUCCAUGGACCGUUUCAGUCGGUCGUCCAGGCAGAGUUCGAUCGCCUUGACGCGCCAGGAAUCAUCCCUGAUGGGCAGCCGCGGUCCUAGUCCGGCUCCGACGCCCAGUCAGAUGGUCUUCCGGUCCAGCUCCCGACAGCGGCCUCCACUCCUCAGUAGUAGCCCCACGCCUUCGGCUCUCAGCAGUCGGUUUCAUCAGGAUAGCAUCGACGGAAGCAACAACAAUCAGCCAAGCAGCGGAAGCCUCCAGCGUCGAUUGGCCACACCGAUCAGAGAAACGUCAACAAGUCCAGGUAACGGAAGUAUACCAGGCUUUGGAGGCAACGGACAGCCGGGCAACAUCAUCGAAGAGAUGCUGCUCCGUCAGAGACUCGGCCAGGAAAUUCCCCACGAUGGUGGGGGGACGAUAAAACGGACCGAGUCGCUCUACAUCUCGCCCGCCCGCAAAAAAGAAAUGGUGGCUCCGGCUCCGGUGCCGAAAAGGAAGAAAAGUCUGCCGGGUGCUGCCGACGCUCCGGCCGCGAUCCUGAGCCGCGAAGAGGCCUCCGUUCUCAGCUCGCAGAGACGAGAGGAAGUCCGACGCCAAGUUGAAGAAGCAGAACGCUACAGAGCAAAUCCUUUGCUCUAUUUCUGUAGCCCGCAAGUCAAGGCUUGGUUGGCUCGUCAACAGUUGACGAUUUUCAUCUUGAUCAUCAAUCUUUCACUAGCAUACCUCUUCUUCAAGCUACUUACAUAGCAACAAUGAAAAAAAAGAAUAAAAAUAAAAAAUAGGUGACAUGUUUUUUUAUCAAUUGGAAUAGCUGCUGCUCAAACCAAUCCAAGUUUGACAUGGCAAAGAAAAAUUGGUUUUAUGCGAGUGAGGACGAGAGAAAACCUACAAGUGAUUCUUUGAAAACGUUUGAGUGAACUUGAUUGCCUUGAUUAGAUAUGAUGCUGUUUUCAAUUCCCCACACCUUUUCCUCUCUGUUUUUAGCCCUUUGAUCACUGACAUGUCCAUAAAGCUGUAAAAAUUGAAACUGUGGGAGUUUCUAAUCUAAAAGCUUCUCCACAUACCAAGAGAACUUUUCGCGCUCUAGAACGAAAUAAAAUUAAUUCAUGUUUACCCAACAGGGCAACGAUUAGUCACUGGUCUUUUUAAAUUGGGAGACUUGACGACGAAUAAAGGAUUGAUAGGAUUAUUGGAUUUUUAUUGCAAGAAAGAGCCGAGAGGACGAGAAAAGAUUUUAAAAGGUGGCACUUUCCCCACAUACAGUGUACUUGAUGCUAAUGAAACGACAACACAAAUUGUGACAUUUUGUUUACUUCAUUCUUUAUAGUCAUGUUGUUUGCCUGAAUUUUGUUAUUAUUUUAAUAUUUUGAAGGAAAAAAAAAUAAUCCUCUCGUCGCCAAAUGCAGUUGCAUUUCCCGAGCAUCAGAUGGCGUUUGUUAUGAAUUUUUUGAACGCCACAUUUUUAGAAAAAAAAAAUCAUUUCUUUUGUAAAAAGAAAUUUUCAAAGUAUUGGUGAAUUUUGAAGUCGCGCCACACAAGUCCAAGGGUUAGUGCCUUUUUUUCAAUCUUCACGUACAUAAUUUCUGUCUGUCUAGUCCAUUUGCUCUUCCUUCUUUAAUGAAGUCAAUUUCGGUCAUCGAGUGAUCGAAUGAAACUACGCGGUUAAAGUAUUUUUUGAGAAAAAAAAAACCCACACACGUUAUGUGUCAGCAAAGAGUAGAUGAGCUACGACCGCAGUAACGGUCGAUUCCUUUUCACACUUUGUUUAAUAUGACAUGAAUAAAGCCCAGCAUAAAAGCCCACAAUUUCAUUGUAUGAAAAUUAUUUUGUAAUCACGCUGAGACCCUUCCCUUUGGUCUUCUCUUCGGUUUUAGUUUGAGGUUUUUGUCUUCUUCUGAUGUAAUCCUUUUUGAUUUGUUUCAAAUUUCAUCUCCACCCUCCUCCCCCCUUUCUCGUUUCCCUUUUCUUUAUUUUUCACGGACUCGGUGACAUCAACAACCGGAACUUAUAUAAUAUCGAUCAUUUGUAAUUUUGUAUACGAAAUCCAACAAUUGGCUUUUAAAUUGUAUCAUAUGAAAUUUGAGAAAA